AUGGAGUGGGUUGAACCUCGAGCUCCUGAGAAGUCCGACGUGCCAUCAUCCAGGACUUCAGAGUCUUUCGUCGAGUCCGGCAAGAUGAAGGUAGUGUACUUCAGCAACGAGCUACCUGAUGACCUCAGGGAUCUGCUCCGGCGCCUCCAUCUUCAUAGCAAGGACAGGCUCUAUCCUACGCUUGAACGAUUUAUCUUCGAGGCGACUUUGGCCGUUCAUGAAGAGGUCAGGCUGCUGCCUGCUGCUCUCAAAAGUCUUAUGCCCCCAUUCGACACUAUUUUCAACUUGAUCAAUCACCCGACGCUUCGACAUGGGCCUCUCGGUGGCUCCAUCGACGGGGUCCUCCUCAGUUCCCUUCAAAUUGCGGCUUUGAUAGGAUCUUGCGAGAGCGGCUCUGACAGCGAGUUCGACUUUCACCAUAUCGAUGCGUGUCUUUCAGGCCUAGGUACUGGCCUUCUGACCUCGGUUGCGCUGUCCCUCGCACCAUCCUUGGCAGAUCUGCCUUUGAUUGGCGCCGAGGUCGUCAGAAUCGCUUUUCGUCUUGGAGUGCUCGUUGAUGAGGUCUCUCAAAACUUGCAAUCCCGCCCAACUUCGACCGAUGGUGGACCUGGCGAUAGCUGGGCCUACGUUGUGCCCGAUGUGGAUGUGGAUGAGGUCCAACAUGAGCUCAAUUCAUACAACGCAACAAAGAACACACCAGAGCCAGCGAAACUCUUUAUUAGCGCGCUCAGUCGGACCUCGGUCACUGUUAGUGGCCCCCCGGCAGGUUUGAAGCGACUGUUCCUCAUGUCGGACUUUUUCCGCGACCGCAAAUCUGUUGCUCUACCUGUCUAUGCUGGAUUGUGUCACGCGAGACAUGUCUACGGCGAGGAACACUUUGCCAGCAUCAUCAACAUCCGGUCGAUGGAUGUAGUCGAUGCCAAGUUCACUCCGCAGAUACCAGUCAUCUCUACUAGUACAGGCCAGCCGUAUGGUGCAAAGUCAGCCAAGGAGCUCUUUCAUGACGUUCUCGAAGAGGUUUUGACACGGCCUAUUCACUGGGAUGUCGCAGUCAAGGGCAUCAUUCAGAAGGCGAGGAAGACUACCGCCAUCGAAUCCGAGAUCCAACUGUUCCGAACGUCGUUACCUGCUCAAGAGCUUAUGACAGCUAUUGAAUCUGAUCUUCCAGAUUUGAAAAUGUCGAGCAAAGAUCUACUCAAGUGGAUCAUCAAGCCACCAUCCAUUCCCAUGGGGCCCAGUGGAACGGCCAAAGCCAAGAUUGCGAUUGUUGGCAUGUCGUGCAGAAUGCCCGGCGGGGCUACUGAUACCCGGAAGUUCUGGGAUAUCCUCGACAAAGGCUUAGAUGUCCAUAUGAAGAUCCCAGCGGACCGAUUUGAUGUGGACUCGCAUUAUGAUCCGAACUGCAAGCGAAUGAACACCAGCUGGACUCCUUACGGCUGUUUCAUUGACGAGCCCGGUCUUUUCGAUGCUCCGUUCUUCAAUAUGUCUCCGCGCGAAGCCAUCCAGACCGACCCGAUGCAGAGACUGGCACUAGUGACGGCUUACGAGGCUCUCGAACGAGCCGGCUUCGUGCCUAAUAGAAGUGCGGCCAGCAACCCGCACCGAGUUGGCACAUCCUAUGGACAAGCGAGUGACGAUUACCGAGAAGUCAACACAGCUCAGGAGAUCAGCACAUACUUCAUCACGGGUGGAUGCCGAGCCUUUGGUCCAGGCCGUAUCAACUAUUUCUUCAAAUUCUCCGGCCCAAGCUACGAUGUGGACACAGCUUGUUCAUCAGGGCUGGCAGCCAUUCAAGUGGCAUGCACGACCCUAUGGAAUGGAGAAGCGGACACAAUUGUCGCAGGAGGCAUGAACGUCCUGACAAACUCCGAUGCCUUUGCUGGGCUCAGCAAUGGACAUUUCUUGUCCAAGACUCCCAACGCGUGCAAGACUUGGGAUGCCGAGGCAGAUGGGUACUGCCGUGCUGAUGGUGUUGUUUCUUUUGUCCUCAAGCGACUUGAGGACGCAGAAGCGGACAAUGACAACAUUCUGGGCGUCAUCCUAGGUGCAGGGACAAACCAUUCUGCCGAGGCAGUCUCCAUCACCCACCCCCAUGCCGGUGCACAGUCGUAUCUAACCAGUCAGAUAUGCAACCAAGCAGGUGUUGAUCCUCUUGAUGUUGGAUUUGUGGAGAUGCACGGGACUGGCACACAGGCGGGCGACAUGCAAGAGAUCCAGUCAGUCACAGACGUCUUUGCACCCUUGGCUAGACGCCGCAGCUCCAAGAACCCCUUGUAUAUCGGUGCCGUCAAGGCCAACGUGGGUCACGGUGAGGCCGUCGCCGGUCCGACGGCCUUGAUGAAGGUGCUGCUGAUGCUCGAGAACGAGACCAUUCCUCGACACGUUGGCAUCAAGAAUCAGAUCAAUCCGGCCUUCCCCAAAGAUCUCGACAAGAGGAAUCUGCGCAUUCCCUUCGAGAAGACAGCAUGGCCACGGGUUGCAGAGAAGAAGCGCAUUGCAGUGGUGAACAACUUCAGUGCUGCAGGCGGCAAUACCAGCAUUCUUCUCGAGGAAGCCCCCCUGCGCGAGCCGGUCACGGAAGUGGAUCCCCGGCCAUCGCACUUGGUCAUCGUCUCUGCAAAGGGCAAAAUAUCUCUCAAGGGCAACUUGGAGCGUCUGAUAUCCUAUGUCGAAGCCAACCCAGAUGUGUCGCUGUCCGAUCUCGCUUACACGACUACAGCAAGGCGCCACCACCAUAACCAUCGAGUGGCCGUGGUCGUUUCCGAUGCUGGCCAGUUGAACAAGCAGCUCAACUCCUAUCUCAAGUCGGUGGAAUCACACAAGCCUAUCUCCGCAACGGGUGCACCCCCGAUUGUAUUCGCCUUUACUGGCCAGGGCGCCUCUUUCCCGUCGAUGAACCUAGAGCUGUUCCGCGAUUCGCCAUUCUUCCGUUCCCAGCUGGUGCAUCUUGAUGCUCUCGCACAAAGACAGGGGUUCCCAUCUUUCAUUCCCGUGCUUGACGGCAGCCAUGCCCAGACUCAUGUGCAUCGGCCAACGGCUACCCAGCUCGCCCUGGUCUGUAGCGAGAUCGCCUUGGCGAAGUACUGGGAGUCGCUGGGAAUCAAGCCAGAUGUCGUCGUCGGCCACAGCUUGGGAGAAUACGCUGCGCUUCAUGUUGCUGGGGUCUUGUCGGCAAGCGACGCCAUCUUCCUUGUGGGACGUAGAGCAACUCUUCUCGAACAGAAGUGCCAAGUCGGAACCCACAAGAUGCUUGCUGUGCGAGCAUCCCUUGCACAAGUGCAGGAGAGCAUUACCGAUCUACCUUAUGAAAUCGCCUGCAUCAAUGGACCGAAAGACACCGUGCUUAGCGGUACCCUGGAGGAGGUCAACGCUUUGGCCGAGGUGCUCCAGGGUGCCGGCCAUAAGUGCUCGGUUCUCGAUGUCGCAUUUGCCUUCCACUCGUCUCAGACUGAUCCUAUCCUCGACGAAUUUGAAGAGGCUGCCACCUCGGGCGCAUUAUUCCAGCCACCCAAUCUGCCCAUUAUCUCGCCUCUUCUCGGCAAGGUCGUCUUCGAUGAGAAGACCGUCAAUGCCAACUACUUGCGGAGAGGCACGCGGGAGACGGUCAACUUCUUGUCAGCUCUCACUACAGCGGAGAAGAUGCACACUAUCGACGAGACUAUGGUGUGGAUCGAAAUCGGUCCUCACCCAGUCUGUGUCAACUUUGCCAAGUCCACUCUGUCGGCUGUCAGUCUCACAAUACCCUCGCUACGCAGGGGCGAGGACAACUGGCAGACGCUUUCACACAGCAUGGCACUCCUUUACAGUGCAGGCCUUGACUUGAACUGGAACGAGUUCCAUCGUCCGUUUGCUGGCCAUCUCCGCCUCCUGGACUUGCCGACCUAUGCCUGGAACGCCAAGACGUACUGGAUGCAGUACAUCGGAGACUGGGCCCUUACGAAAGGCAAUACUUUCUACGACGAAGAGAAGGCUCUUCAAGCUCCGGCUGCGGGUGCCGGCAAGCCACCCUCCAGUAUCAGAACGUCUACUGUUCAACAGGUGAUUGAGGAAACCUUCACUGCAUCUUCAGGUCGGGUUGUUAUGCAGUCCGAUUUGAUGGAGUCUGAUUUCCUUGCGGCCGCAUAUGGACACAAGAUGAAUGGAUGUGGUGUGGUGACUUCGUCUAUUCAUGCCGACAUCGCUUAUACGCUUGGCGAGUAUCUCAUGAAGAAACUGCGUCCGAAGUCAAAGGACAUCCACAUGAACAUCGCCAACCUUGAAGUCCUCAAAGGUCUGGUGGCCAAGAAGAAUACCGAUUCGCCGCAGCUCAUUCAAGUUUCUGCUACUAUCGAGGACAUCGCUUCCGCAACGGCGCACCUCCAGUGGCACAACGUCUCUGCCAAAGGAGAAGUCGACGAGCCUUUCGCUAGUGCCGAUCUUUACUACGGCGACUCGGAUGACUGGCUUAAUAGCUGGGUUCCCGCAACGCAUCUAAUCCAAGGCCGGAUCGAGGAGCUCGAACGCCUGGCCGCGACGGGUAUUGCCAACCGACUGUCUCACAACAUGUCUUACCUUCUCUUUGCCAACAACUUGGUCGACUAUGCCAACAAGUAUCGUGGGAUGCAGUCAGUCGUCAUACAUGGGCUGGAGGCUUUCGCCGAUGUCACUCUCACGACUGAGAAAGGAGGCACCUGGACAGUGCCACCGUACUUCAUCGACAGCGUGGCCCAUCUCGCAGGAUUCGUCAUGAACGUUUCGGACGCCAACGAUACCAAGAACAACUUCUGCGUCACCCCGGGCUGGGGUUCCAUGCGCUUCGCCAAGCCGCUCGUUGCGGGCAAGCAGUACAGGUCCUACGUCAAGAUGAUCCCGACUGUCGAGGAUCCCAGCGUCUACUUGGGCGAUGUCUACAUCAUGCAGGAUGGUGUCAUUAUCGGCAUGGUCGGAGCGAUCAAGUUCCGCCGGUAUCCACGCCUGCUGCUGAAUCGCUUCUUCUCGGCCCCCGACGAGGGUUCGGUGAAGCAUGAGGCUCCAGCCCCUGUACGAAAGGCCGCACAGCCAGUCAAACCCGUCCCGGUCGCAUCCAGCGCCGAUAAACCUGCUGCAAAGCCGGUCUCGGCCGAGCCUAAGGAGCAGCAGAAGGCGGAGCCGGCCGUGGUACAGGCCGUCGAGGCCACACCGGAUGUCGCCGCUGAUACGGACAGUACAGCGGCUAAAGCCAUGGCGCUCGUGGCGGCAGAGGCAGCUAUCGAUAUCAGUGAGCUUCAAGAUGAAGCCAGCUUUGCCAACCUCGGUGUUGACAGUCUCAUGAGCCUGGUCAUUGCUGAGAAGUUCCGUGAUCAGCUCGGAGUGACGGUCAGCGGGAGUCUGUUCUUGGAGUACCCAACUGUGGGUGAUCUACGGGCUUGGUUGGUGGAGUAUUACAGUUGA